AUGUUUCGUGCACAACAAAAUGCCUUUGACGAGGUCGUCGCCAAGGCGACCGACGAGAAUCUCACCUCGGAAAAUUGGGAAUAUAUAAUGGAUGUAUGCGAUAAGGUAGCCGGAGAAGACAGUGGUGCCAAAGAUGCUGUCGCAAGCAUGAUAAAGAGGCUGGCGCAUCGAAAUGCCAACGUCCAAUUAUAUACUUUAGAGCUUGCCAAUGCUUUGAGCCAAAAUUGCGGAGCGAAAAUACACAGAGAGUUGGCUUCAAGAGCAUUUACGGAUGCAAUGUUGAGACUAGCGAACGAUAGAAACACGCAUCAGCAAGUAAAGGCAAAGAUUCUUGAACGAAUGGCAGAGUGGGCAGGAAUGUUUAAAGACCCUGACUUGGGAAUUAUGAAUGAUCAAUACCACCGAUUGAAGAGCCAGAAUCCCAACUUACACCCACCUUCCGCACCAUCAAAGAGUCGACUCACGGAUUUGGAUCGUCAGAAGGAAGAAGAAGAAUUACAGAUGGCAUUGAAAUUAUCUAUUCAGGAUAAAAGCAGUCAACCAAAACCUGCCCAGACAUCCACUUCAUCCGCAGGGCCCGCACAAUCGGAACAAGCUGCACAGCCACAAGUACCAUCUGGCACUACAGCCGCUACUGUCUCGAGAGUUAGAGCACUUUACGAUUUCCAAGCUACGGACGUGGAUGAGUUACAGUUCCGAAAGGGAGAUAUUAUUGCAGUUGUAGGGUCAGUAUAUAAAGAUUGGUGGAGGGGCUCCAUACGAGGCAAGACUGGCAUUUUCCCUUUGAAUUAUGUCGAGAAGCUGGUGGAUGCUACACCGGAAGAAUUACAACGAGAAGCGCAAAUGGAAGCCGAAGUUUUUGCGGAGAUCAAGAAUGUAGAGAAGUUACUUACAUUAUUGAGUACUUCGUCAUCUCAAUUAGAUGCUCGGGAUAAUGAGGAGAUCACAAAACUUUACCAUUCUACUCUCGCAAUCAGGCCAAAACUUAUUGAACUUAUUGGAAAAUACUCUCAGAGAAAAGAUGACUUUACUCAACUGAAUGAGAGGUUCAUCAAAUCAUGUCGUGAUUAUGAGAACUUGUUAGAUGCCUCUAUGACCCAGGCACAGCCUUACCAAUAUGGUCGACCUGGGCAAGCACCACAAGGUCCACAAGGUUAUGGAUAUCCUCCACAGGCCGCAAGACCACAACAAGAACCUCAAAGAUACUACACACCUUCUCAGCAACAAGAGCCGCCAUACCAACAACAACCAUCUCCACCCAUCGGUUAUGCUCCUCCACGUAAUGGACCGGCCCCUUUUUACGUUCUUGCUCCUGGUCAACAACCUCCACAAGUCGAUGGACGUCAACCAUAUCCAGGCCAACAACCCCCACAAUCCGACGGUCAUCAGCCGUAUCCAGGUCAACAGCCUCCACAGUCGGAGAGCCAACCACCAUACCCGCAGAGAGACCCUACUCCUCGAAUCCCAUCAGGCUCAAAUCCUCCUCUACUCCAAACCAAUAGUCCUCCCCCAACCCAGUACCCAAACCAACAGCCACAAACAGGUCACCGCCCACAAAGCACAUAUUCCAAUCCACAAGAACUAGCGACAUCUAUCUACGAUUCCCCAGUUCAACAACAAAACCCUCACGCAUAUACUGCAUACGCCGAAACCGAUCCAUACACCGCCACCCCCGCCACCGCUCAACCCUCACACCAGUACAAUGCUUACAAGCCACCUCAACAACCAUCUCAACCUCCGCAACCAUCAUACGAACCUCCACCUCCACCAAAUCAAUUCCCAAGCCCGAUUCAAGACUCGCCAUACAUAGCUUUGACGGAUUCUAGAACUACUUUGCCAAGUCAAGGUCAAGGUCAGGGUCAAUAUAAAGCGUAUCAACGACCCGAUAGUAGUGAUAGUAAUCAGGAUUUGGGUAAUAGUAAUGCUCCUAGUGCGCCGACGGGUGGUGCGUCAAAUCCGGCGGAUUUUUAUAGGCAGAGUGCUGCGUAUUAG